CUCUCAUCUCCAUUUUCUCUUCUCUCUCUCUCUCCAACCUUUCUCUCUCUAUGGACAUAUGCGGAGGACUAACUGAUUCAUGUGGGUUUCUUCACUCAAAUGCACCUUCUUUUCUGAAUUCAAGGGUCAUGCGAGAUCCCAUGGACCUCUCUGCAACUUUCAACUCUACAAAACUCAACGAGAAAUCUAGUCAUUGCGAAGUUGAUUUCCUUUCUGAUAAAAAGUCUGGUUUUGUACGCACAAGAAGACUCGAGGAUUUUGAGGUGAAGAAGAAGAUCAAAGAGGAGGAACUUUUGGAUGUCAACACUGGUUUGCGCCUUUUAACUGGAAACAAUAAUAGUUCCAGCCAUCAAUCCACACUUGAAGACGAUGACAUGGGAACUCCUGGAAACAGAAAAGGAAAUAAUGAGGUAAAUGUUCUGCAAGCGGAGCUUGAGCGCGUGAACGAAGAGAACCUUCGAUUAAGGAGCAUGCUAGAGCAAAUUAGCAACAACUACAAAUCUCUUCAUAAUUACUUCAAUUCGUUGGUCCUAACGAGCAAUGGCGAUCAGCAUAUGGAGCAGGAAAAGACUGGGGGUCUGAAAAACCAGGAAACAGGAGAUGGAUUCAUGAUGGUGCCGAGACAGUUCAUGGAUCUGGGUCCUGCCGCAGUGGCCGAAACAGAUAAUCGCUCUCAGUCGCCACCAUCUGAGGGACAAAGCAGUGAGCCUUCAGGCUCUCCCUCCCAUAACUCACAGGGCCUGACCAAGGAUUAUCGCACCAUCCAUCCUUCUUUUGCAGACGACCGAAAGUCCGGAGAUCAUGACUGGAACGAAUCCGCCUUCAAAUUGCACCCUGCUAAAAAUGGAGAUCAGGCUGCUGCUGGGGCAGGAGAGGCCACCAUGAGGAAGGCUAGGGUUUCUGUUCGCGCAAGGUCAGAAGCUGCCAUGAUAAUAGAUGGAUGUCAAUGGCGUAAAUAUGGGCAAAAGUUGGCCAAGGGCAAUCCUUGCCCAAGAGCAUACUAUCGGUGCACCAUGGCAGCGGGCUGUCCGGUUCGCAAGCAGGUGCAGAGAUGCGCAGAAGACCGUAGCAUACUAAUCACCACUUAUGAAGGAAACCACAACCACCCCCUUCCACCAGCCGCGACAGCCAUGGCAUCCACCACUUCUGCUGCUGCAUGCAUGCUGCUGUCUGGAUCAAUGUCAAGUGCUGACGGCGGCAUCAUGAACCCCAACAUCCUCAUACCUUCAUCAUCCACCGUGGCCACCAUUUCUGCUUCCGCCCCUUUCCCGACGGUCACACUGGACCUCACCCAUACCCCUCCCCCACAUCUUCCCCGCUCCCAUUUUCCUUUCCCAUUUCCGGCAACAACAGCAGCACCAGCUCAUCCAUCUUACCCUCCUCAGGCCCUUGCAAAUUCCCUCCUCAACAACCAAUCUAUAUUCUCUGGCCUCCAAAUUUCACCGGGUUUGGAGGCAGCAGGGCAGCUAUCUCUCGCUAACACAGUUAGCGCCGCCAUCACGGCGGAUCCGAAUUUCACAGCUGCUCUUGCAGCUGCAAUUACUACCAUUAUUGGAGGUGGUGGUACUGCCCCCAGCAAUAAUCAAAAUCAAAGUAGUUGCACCACCGCCACAGCCACCGCCGCCACCACCACCACCACCACCACCGCGUCCUCCUUCCUGCAAAGUCAAGACUGAGGCGCUUCGUUCCCCGUCUUUUCCUAUUGUGAAUACAAGUUUUGGUCAAAGGAUGGGUGAAUACAAGUUUUGGUCAAGGGAUUGAGGGGCUCACAUCAUGUGCUUUACCGGACAAGGUUUCGCGAUUUUUUUUCUUUUUCUUGCUCUUUUCUCUUCUUCAAGAGAAAAGUACUCCAUUCAUUCUUUCCAUUCCAAAUCAAUGUUUUUGUUAUCUCAUUUCAAUACAUUCUUUAAGAAAGGCGGCAGUAAAACUUA